UGCUUUCCCAGAGGAUAGAGCAACUCCUACACAGUCAGCGCUCCUAGAUGGACUUGUGCGAAUAAGAAACGCUGCAGAGGCCAAUGAUAUUGAGAUUCGAUUGCAGGAGGUGGAAAAACUACUCAGGAGGGUCGUAAUCUUGCCAAUUAAGUAUUCACGGUCAGAAGCAGUGCUCACGUUCUUUGAGCAAUCUCCGCUGGACCUGAUGAUAAGAGAAAACAACAUCAACAACAUGGAGCCAUACUACCAGAGUCCAGUAACAYUAUCAGAUAUCAUGAGGUGCAAUGGAUUUUGUUUGGCUAACACAGAGACCAUUUUCUAUGACUACAGUGCACCACAGGAUAGACACAGAGCCCUGUCAGUGUCCACAUGUACAGAGUCUGCGGGUUUUGGGUACGAUACCCAAUCUGGGUUUAAGGAGACUCUGGACAUCGUUGAGACAGCAUCAACGGAUGGUAGUGCCGAAGACCAAGAAACGUCUUUCCCUAAUCUGACGUACUACCAACUACUGACCUACGAGACUGAUAUUCUGGAAUGAACCACAGUGGUGGACAUAUUGUUUGAGUCUGUAUGGUUCUCACUUGUUUUCACCUACACUUUCACUGGUCCGGUCCAAAUGAUGUAGGUUACAGACAGGGUUUGGGAGUAACUGAUUACAGUAGUCUUAUGUGUAAUCUGAUUACCCCCCCCCCCAAAAAAAACUGUACCUGUAACAAGUUACGUUACCAGCAAAACAUUUGUAAUCGGAUUACAGAUACUUUCGGAAAAACUACAUGAUUACUUAGUGGAUUACUUUUAAAUUCAGAAAUUAUGUUUGCAAAAAAAUACAUUAUGAGAUCUUUCUGUUUUCUCAAUGACAUUCAAUUCAGCAUAAAAAAGGUGCAAGUUUAAGUUUGUUCCACCUGAGUGAGUUUGACCACAAUGACGACUCACCGAUGUGUUUGAUGGAUCCUUUUUGUCUUCUAAUGCCUCUUAAUAAGAGGAAAGUAACUGAAAGUAAUCAGAUUA